GUCUUGGCCCGCUGCGCGCAGCGGGCCCAAGCAUGAGCGAGCUCGACCGCCGCCUCCCGCUGGCGCCCAGCGCCGGGUCGGGCCAGCCGCGGCCGUCGCACACCCCGCCGCCGUCGUCUCCCAGGCCAUGCCCCACCGAGUCGCAGCCCCUGCUGGGCGCGCACGGAGGGCGGCAUGGCAACUUCUACUCCCCCCGCGGCGAGGAUACGCGCGGGGCUCGCGCCAGCGACCCGGGCGAGGAGUGCCCCGAGCCAGGCGCGUGCCCGAGCGGGUGCGACAGGGAGAGCAUCUACAGGUUCGCCAUCGUCUACCCCGAGCUGCACAGGAUUCGGAACGGGAGCUACUAUUCCUGCGACGUCUUUGUCGCAGUCCUCUUGCUGUUCAUGACGGCCGCGAUGCAGGCAUACAUCGUCCAGGUCGCCGGCUCGUACAUAUUGCAGCAGAGCCUUCAGCAGUUUCGCUCGGGCAUGCUGACGUCCAGGAACGAGAGCGAGGCGUGGCUCCAAUGGGAGACGCUCCCCCCUUUCUUGCGGUGGAUCGAAAGGAUCGACACACGUCUGGCGGGCGACCAGGGCGGGGAGUGCUGCCACGACGUGUCGUGCUCGGCGAAGUUCGCGUGCUGCGUCGGCGGUCUGGAAGCCGCGAGCCAACCAGGCGGGCGGUGAUCAAGCCGCAGCGGCUGGACGCCAUGUGCCACAAGGACCAGGACGGCCUGGACUGUGGCCCCUCGUCGUUCCAGCUUAUCGGCCGUUGGCACGAGCUGGACGCCAACGGGGACGGGCUCUGGAGCCACGACGAGGCCGUGGCGGACGCCGCGAACCUGGGCUGCCGGCUGCAGCUGUCGCAGGUGGAGCUGCUGAGGACGGUUUGCCUGGGCAUCGCGGAGGACAGCGUCGUCAGGCGGGAGCUCGAGCUGACGACGAAGCGGGCCAAGGUGCCGUACGAGGUCGAGUCCAUGCUCGCAGUGCCGCGAGACUACUUCGAGCUCUGGGAGGGCAUCGCGGUGAUAUGCGCCGUGGUCGACCCCGCUCGCUGCGGGGACCUGGUGCACGACGGGGUGUUCGACGGCGCGCUGGGGCCGUCUGCCACGGGAGACUGGAGCCUCGCGAGCGCAGUCGAGUACUGCGGGAAGCUGCUGGCGCCCGGGGGCCUGUGCGACAAGACGCUGCCAGUGACGUAUGCGCUCCAUCGCCAGAGUUUCAGGAGCCAGUGCGGGGCGGGCGUGUACUCUGCGGGCCCGCUCACCACGAGCCCGCAUAACCAGAGGGACUCGCUGAGGGCCGUUUCGGUGAGGUACGUCAAGGUGUCUGAUUAUGAGCUGGUGCACUCUUUGACGUUCAGGUUUUUCAUGGGGAUUAUGCUCGUCCUGUGGUUCGCGACGGUGAGCAAAGAACUGGAGUCUGUGUUUACCAUGGCAUAUUUUGUCGUGCAUUAUCCUUCGAACGGCAACAAUCCUCUCAGGAUUCCGAGAUCGAAACUGUCUUGGAUGGUCUUGAAGGGCACAGUUGCUGAUACCAUCAGAGAUUGGAGAGACGGCAACUUUAGCGACAGUCCUGUUUCUGGACAGGGUGGUGGCUGUGGGAAGCACGUGAUGAUUACCGAUAUAUCGCAUGCGCAUCGUAUUACAUGUUGGUGCGUCUUGAUAUUACGCACUGUGAAUUUGGUAUACAUGCUUGCCGUUGGAAUUGUGUAUGCUACUUGUACGCAUUCCUAUGUGGAUCUGCUAAUGAACACAGUAGCGCUAGCAUUUGUAUUUGAGCUGCCCGAGCUGUUCUACCACUGGCUCGUGCCGGAACACGUUAAGGAGGUGUUGAACAACGUGGACUUGGCCCCGCUGGACAAGGUCGAGGGCGAGAACAGCAAACUCAUGCGCUUGGCGUCUGCCUUGGGCAAGUCCAGGUUCUUCCAGGGCCUCGUGCUGAUUCCAAUCAUCGCUGUGGCCAUCGUUCAGGUCAACGACACGUGGCAAACCUUGCCCAUGCUGGAGGUUCUCCAGUGCGCGUGUGCACAGACCGGUCCAAGAUGCGAGGUUGGGAAGCAUCUGACGCGCGAGUGGUGGAAUGCGCACUGGAACGCGACAGCACGGAUCCUCGAUGAGGCACCAGCUUGA